CCCCGCUCCCAGGCCGGCCCCGCGCCCCGGGACCGGGACAGGGACAGGGACCGGGGCCGAGCGGAGCCGCCGCCCCGCGCCGCCAGUCCGUGCGCCUAGCGGAUCGGAGCUGUGCGCCGAACCGGCCUGCCCCGCCCCGCUCCACCCGCGAGGGUAGGCGGGAUCCUUCUGCACCACCUGAGGGUCUCCAAAGAAGGGCGGCAGAAAGAGCUUCCAUGACCUCUGCCCUCCGCUUUCCAGAGCUCCAGUUCUUUCCCCAGAGGUAUCUGCUAGAAUGGAGGGAGCUGGCCAGGGCAGAGAAGAGGUUUCUGCUCAGACCCCUGCCAGGUGGCCCGAGGCAGCCGGGAUGACAGUUCUGCCCAGGAACCCUGCUACCUGCUGAGGAACAUGAUCAGCAAGUCCCCUCCUCUGUGCAUGUGCCCUGCAGGCUGGAAGCUCCUGGCCAUGCUGGCUCUGGUCCUGGUUGUCAUGGUGUGGUAUUCCAUCUCCCGAGAAGACAGAUACAUUGAACUUUUUUAUUUUCCCAUCCCGGAGAAGAAGGAGCCGUGCUUUCAGGGUGAGGCAGAGAGGAAGGCCUCUAAGAUCUUUGGCAACCACUCCCGAGAUCAUCCCCUCUUCCUGCAGCUUAAGGACUAUUUCUGGGUCAAGACACCAUCUGCCUAUGAGCUGCCCUACGGGACCAAGGGAAGUGAAGACCUACUCCUCCGGGUGCUAGCUAUCACCAGCUACUCCAUACCUGAGAGUAUCCAGAGUCUCAAGUGCCGCCGCUGUGUGGUGGUGGGGAAUGGGCACCGGCUGCGGAACAGCUCUCUGGGAGAGGCCAUCAACAAGUACGACGUAGUCAUCAGAUUGAACAAUGCCCCAGUGGCUGGCUACGAGGGCGACGUGGGCUCCAAGACCACCAUGCGUCUCUUCUACCCGGAGUCUGCCCAUUUUGACCCUAAAGUGGAGAACAACCCAGACACGCUUCUGGUCUUGGUAGCUUUCAAGGCAAUGGACUUCCACUGGAUUGAAACCAUUCUGAGUGACAAAAAGCGGGUGCGAAAAGGUUUCUGGAAACAGCCUCCCCUCAUCUGGGAUGUCAACCCCAAACAGGUGCGGAUUCUCAACCCCUUCUUCAUGGAGAUUGCAGCUGACAAGCUCCUGAGCCUGCCCCUACAACAACCACGCAAAAUCAAACAGAAGCCGACCACAGGCUUAUUGGCCAUCACCCUGGCCCUCCAUCUCUGUGAUUUGGUGCACAUUGCUGGCUUUGGCUACCCAGAUGCCUACAACAAGAAGCAGACUAUUCACUACUAUGAACAGAUCACGCUCAAGUCCAUGGCGGGGUCAGGCCACAAUGUCUCCCAAGAGGCCUUGGCUAUCAAGCGGAUGCUGGAAAUCGGAGCGGUCAAGAACCUCACAUACUUCUGACUCGGCAAGACCUAAACCUGUGGGUUGCCCAUUGUGCUGCCUGGAUGAUCCCCAUCUGCGGUGUGGGUGCUUUGUGCCAGCACUACCCACUUACACUCAC